GGGCUUGAUAAUUAUGUCAUAAGCAGCUGACACUAAUUGUACAUCCCUAGCAUCUCUCAAUGGAUCUGCCUGGACAAAUGGAGCGGAUGUGAUGUGAGAUCCAUAGAGGAUACUGCUGCUACAGCUUCUGAUGAGCAUCUACUGGCCACAUCAUGUUACACUGGAUCUGGAUGUGAGCAAAUGCAACUGAACUCCUCUUGAUGAGAAAGGAAUCUCUGCCUCUGCGAGGUGGAGACGCUCGCUACUGCCUAGCUCUGGUCUCUCUGCUCCACUCCUCUCUGAGAGUGAUGAGAGUACAAGAGAGAGACGGGGAGAGAGAGAGAGAGAGGUAAAGAGAAAGAGAGAGAGGUACUAGAGAGAGAAAAACAGAGAGAGAGGGCGAGAGAACAGAUAGAUAAACAGAGAGAGAGCGGUACUAGAGGCAGACAGAGAGAGAGAAACAGAGCGAGAGGUACUCUAGAGAGAGAUUGAACCAUCUGACAGUCAGACAAUGAAUGUCAGUGUGUAGUGGAGAGUGGUUCAUUUCUGCCUGCCUGACAGUGUUGCACUGUGUGAAGCAGCUGUCUCUUUUUCUGCUCUGAUACUCUAAUAGGCCAAUAAGCGCAGUAAUGCAGAAGCUGUAGAGAGGAAAGAAGAGACACAAGCCUCUCAUGACUACAGUACAGGGAUGAUGCUUUGAGGACCAGACUGAGAAGUGCUCUGAGGAUUCAGGGUUUCAGACUGCAUCGUGCAGACCGAGAGAGAGCUGCUGUGCUGUACAUACCUGAGAUACUGCAGUUAAUCGCUGCACCUUUACAACACAUUCAGCAUGGAUCUGGAUGAACUGUGUACUUACACAGAUGGCAUGGACAGCAGCUCCCUAAAGUACCCAAAGACUGAGCAGACUGAGAAAAUGUGGAUGCGACUCAAGGGAAUGCAGAAGUACAAAAACACGUCUCAAAGGUCCAAAAGGCUUCUUAACAGCUUCUACCCUCAAGCCAUAAGACUCCAGAACAGAUUGAGAUGCCUGGUGAAGCAGCUAGACAAGGGAGAAGUGAAUGUGGUGGACCUGAGGAAGAAUAUAGAGUAUGCAGCCUCUGUUCUAGAGGCAGUCUAUAUUGAUGAAACCAGGCGUCUUCUGGACACUGAGGAUGAGCUCAGUGACAUCCAGACGGACUCUGUCCCAAUGGAGGUGCGGGAUUGGCUGGCCUCGACCUUCACCAGGAAGAUGGGCGUGGUCAGGAGACGACCCGAGGAGAAACCACGGUUCAAGAGCAUCGUGCAUGCCGUGCAGGCUGGCAUCUUUGUAGAGAGGAUGUACAGACGGACAUCUAACAUGGCUGGAUUGACGUACCCUCCAGCUGCCAUCGCUGCUUUGAAGGAUGUAGAUAACUGGUCCUUUGAUGUGUUUGUGCUCCACGAGGCCAGCAGUGAACACGCAUUAAAGUUCCUGGUCUACGAACUGCUCACCCGAUAUGACCUGAUCAACCGCUUCAGGAUACCAGUGUCAUCUCUGGUGUCCUUCGUAGAGGCUCUAGAGUUGGGCUACAGCAAACACAGAAACCCCUACCAUAACCUGAUCCACGCUGCCGACGUCACACAGACAGCACACUAUCUGAUGCUCCACACUGGCAUCAUGCACUGGCUCACUGAACUGGACAUCCUAGCCAUGGUGUUUGCUGCAGCUAUCCAUGACUUUGAACACACUGGGACAACCAACAACUUUCACAUUCAGACCAGGUCAGAGGUGGCCAUCCUGUACAACGACCGGUCAGUCCUGGAGAACCACCAUGUCAGUGCUGCGUACAGACUUAUGCAAGAGGAUGAGAUGAACAUACUGGUCAACCUGUCAAAAGAUGACUGGCGAGAGCUGCGGACCCUGGUGAUUGAGAUGGUGAUGAGUACAGACAUGUCCUGCCAUUUCCAGCAGAUCAAAAGCAUGAGGAACGCCCUGCAGCAGCCUGAGGGAGUAGACAAGGCUAAAGCCCUAUCUCUGAUGCUGCAUGCAGCUGACAUCAGCCACCCAGCCAAGGCCUGGAAGCUGCACUACCGAUGGACACAGGCCCUGAUGGAGGAGUUCUUCAGACAGGGCGAUAAAGAGGUUGAGUUAGGGCUGCCAUUCUCUCCUCUGUGUGAUCGUAAAGCUACCAUGAUCGCACAGUCACAAAUAGGGUUCAUUGACUUCAUAGUGGAACCCACAUUCUCUGUGUUGGUGGACACGACCGAGAAGAUCAUUACCCCUCUAAUAGAGGAUACCUUAAAGUCACAUGACACUGGCGUCCGCAGGUCAAGUUUGACGGGUAGUGGGUCGGUGACGGUGGUGGAGUCAGUCCAGAAACAUAGUGGUCGAGGAUCCAGCCAGGGGGUUGACCAGGGCCUUACUACAGACUAUAGCCUGACUGGCAUCGACCUGAAACGGGUCAGACACACACUGGCAGAGGUCAUCCAACACAACAAAGACCGAUGGAAGGAGCUCUCUGUACAAGAGUUGGCGAGUAAAGAGCGAGCUGAGUUGAACACUGACCCAGAGGAGAUGGAGGAGUCCCAGAUGAAAACAGAGGUUACGUUGACUCACACCAGCCCUGAGAGACACAGCCAGGAGCUCCAAUCAGAGCCCUUCAAUGAACUGAUGAACAACACACACUCCAAUAACUCUUCCCAGGAGGACUCAGAGCUGGACCACCAUCCUCACAGUUCUCUGUCCCCGUGUGAGGAUAAAGAGACAACAUCACCUGGCUCCAUCUCUCCUGAAUGCCUACCAUGGAACGGAGCAGGCCCUGGGGCAGUCCUUGAGUCAGGGGAGGAGUCUCUUCAGAGCCCUUGAUUCUGAUAAGCUACCCAACAACGCUGCCACUUCCUGAUUUUUAUUCUACUUUACCUUUAUUUAACUAGUCAAGUCAGUUAAGAACAAAUUCUUAUUUACAAUGAUGGCCUAUCCCUGCCAGCCCCUAACGACACUGGGCCAAUUGUGUGUCGCCCCUGAUUCACCAUAUUUGUUUGUUAGCUUUUUUUAUUGUAUUUGUUCUGAUUGAUUUUAUUUCCAGUCUAUUAUUGUAUUGUUAUUUAUUAAAUAUGGGGAUCUUCUUGCUCCUCUUUGCACCGCAA